AACUGUUUUCAGUUUGUUUCUUGUUUUUGUUUUUUAAGUUGUAAAACAGCACACCCCUGCACGCCCAGCUCUCUUUCUGAAUCUUAAAUCUGCUUGGCUGGAGCAACAGGUGUGUUGUUAGAUUUAAAGAGCAUCUCCCUCCAGAGAGACCAGACCUGACAGGAGAGCUCUGCACACUAAGUUCAGUUCAGCCACAGGAGCUGGAUGGUUUGCUGGCACAGACUGUGAGGCAGCUGCAGCAGUCAUGGCUGCUGGGUUUCUAAUUACAAGAUUAUUACUGGUUUGCUUGUUGAGUGAGCUGGACUACUCUUCAGCUUUUCCAAGAGCCAGAGGUAAUGUGUACCCUGAAGCAUGGCAAGCCCUCAGAGGGAAACAACAUGAGGGAUAUGGCUAUGGGAAUCGUCGGCCUCUUCAUUACGUCCAGGCUCUGAGGCAGACUCACAGUAAGCUACAGCCCAAUGUCCAUGAUCAGGUUCAGGUCAGAACCUGGCCUCAGGAAAGUUCUUUGAAUGUCCAUGGCCAUGCCCCGUUACAGUACCAACCCAUCGAUUACCACCAGAUCCAGUAUCAGCAAUGGUCUCCUGUUGCCACCAAGUGGACACAUGAGAUGUCCCCAUCUCAGCAUCCACCACAGAGAACCCAACGACUGUCCUCACCCAUAACCUUGGAAUUCAGCCUGAACGUUCCCUUUGCUGAAGAGCUGGGCCAAAACAAGGAAACGAGUGGUGGAAGUGAUGUUGCUGAUCAGUAUUCUCAACUAUACAGGCCAACCAGUGUUCACAUCUACAGUGCUUUGAACAGUCCUCCUGGCCCAGAAGGCUUUUCAGGCAAAGGCUCCACAAAUUACCCAACUGGGGGAAAAACUGCCCAUGAGGUUACUAAGCCAAGGUUUCAGCUCAGUUUAUCGGUUCCAAUUCCUCCCACUACACCACAAUCUCCUAAACCCUCCAGAAGCAAUGGUGGCCAUCUUGCAAAUCUAAAAAGACCCGGAAGAGUUGGGUUUGUUCAGAACAGUUACGUGGAGCUGGUAAAACCCCAAUCCAGUUCCACCCAGAGUGGAUCAGAGAGGGGUUUCUUCUAUCCUGCUGUUACUGCACAGCUACAACCACAACAGCAGACUUAUCAGCCAACUCAAACGAAGUAUACUGAUGACAAAAUUAUUAGCUUUGCCCCUGCACAUGCAACACAGUAUACAACACCUACAGAACAAUUCGGCCAAACUCAAAUCCCCGCCAAACAGAUUCUGGUAAAUCCACAGCAUCCAGUCCCACAGUACGCUCCUCUACAAUCUGCUGAUGUUUACAGUGGCUACUACAGCACCCAUAUAAACCCUUUGAGUAAUGGGAAAUGUGAAAGUGGACGACCAGUUUCACCUGACCAAACCAAUGUCCAUCAUUCGUCAAUGCCGCCUCAGUAUGAACAAGUUCCAAGUGGACAUUACAGUGCUGGUCAGAUCAAGCCCACAGCCAUCAACUAUGGUCAACAUCAAACCUGGCAGCCAGCUGGCACUCCCCUUACCUUUGCCUCUGAACAGUCUGACGUCCAGGUAAAACCAUCCUUUGGUCAGAAUGUGGAAACUUUACCCGAUCUGAGUCCAGGACACGCUUCAUGUCCCACUGCUGCUCCAUCCCAGAAUGUACUUCCUUCAUUACAUCAAGUUGCCACCCCUAAUUAUUAUGGGACAGACACUCUGGUGCAAAUGGGGCCAAAAGAUUCAUCUUCUCCUUAUCAAUACAACAGAGACAUGAGUGGACAAGAUGCAUCGCCAGAUCGUCAGACUGCUGUUGACCCUUCAUCAAAUUUGCAGGGUCUCUCAACUGAUUAUCAAACCCAGAUGAGACUCCCCACACAGCACGCUGGCAGAGAGCAAGUGGCUGGAAAACCCCAAUAUGCAAAACUCUAUAUUGAUGAUACAGAUGUAACAGAUAUGCAGCUCCACAUGCACUCUAUGAUGGUUUCACCAGUACAUAUUGAGUAAAACAUGACAGAAACCCUAUUGGUAACCCCCAAAGCCUUCUGGUUUCACUUGAUCAAGACUUGACUUUACAUGUGAAAGUUACACAAUGAACAAACCUGAGCUUAUCAUCUGUUUCCACCACCAACAGCUCAUACUAUGGACAGUGAAAGAAACCCAAUAUGCAUCUAACUCUCAUGAACAAAUGGACAAGAGCAAAUGUAGACCUCCUGUCCUGUUCUUGGACAAGUUGAUGAUGCCACACAUGCUAACCUGGUUAGUUGGACCAACAACAAUCGUUAGAACAAAACCUCUGAUAUGACCAAUAUUCCAUUGGACUGGACAAAUCUACAGCAGCCAACAGGUUACAAGAGCACUGAAAACAACUAUGCUCUCUGUUUAUCUGAAACAGUUGGUCUAACACACACUGCUAUUAUAUGUUGAGUGUAAUGACUGAGACCAACUUCUCAUCAAGAAACACAACAUGCCACUUUUGGAAAGUUGGGCUCAAACGGAGCCCUUGCAUCUAGGUCUUUAGAGAAUUGACUUCAAUUAUUGUCCAUCUUUACUCGGAAAAGCAGGCUGAUUCUGGCAUCAGCAUUCUUCCACACGCUGAAACAUCCUCCUUCCUGGCUUUAGCAGGCCUGUCUCAGGAGUCAACAUACCGGAGCUUUUUUUUUUUUUCAGGUUCAUCUGUGGAAAGCACUAUGGAGGAUACAAGUGUGGUGUAACUUUCAGUUAAUGAAAGAAAUGCCAUAGGCCAGGAUAUCCAUUCUAGAUGGUGCAAAUCCCUUCCCUGAGAAUCUGCUAUGGUAUCAGAGGAUGCACAGCAACCCUUGAUGCCUCCUGCGAAAUGCAGACCAGCCACAAGUAAAGGGAGCGCAGAGUGUGCAGUCUGGAGUGAAGCAGUGCAUCGAGGGUAUUCUACAGCCCACUUGUUUCCAUUAGCGUCCAAGCCCUAUCCUGUGCUCAAAUUAUCUAAAUUGCUGCUCUACAUCUGUCAGGGUGAAAUGGUUCAACAUUUUGGGAAAUAAAUAAUACAUAUUCCUACUUUUGUAUCUGAUUUUAAGAUGAGGAAAUCGAUACUAUUCAUGUCGAUGAAGCAGCUAGACAGGCUAUGUCCAAAGGCAAAAAAAAUAAAUAAAUAAAUCCACAUAGCAGUCUCUACUGCUCAUUGAUCAACACACCUUAUUUGUUUCAUUUGUAUGAAACUCAAAUGUAAAAUGACCCUAUGUGGUUUAAAGGGCAUCAUGUGGAAGACUUUUGUGGCCGGAAGCAGUGACUCAGUCUCCUCAGAUUACCUGGUAUCUGAUGGGGAAAGUCCCAGAAAGGCCUUGUGCCUGGGCAAGAUACAGUUUGGCAUGUAACAAUGUAAGGUGGUGGUAUUGACAUUUUUGUGCAACCCUCAACAAGAAAGGAAAAAAUAAAGUGAAUUCACCCAUG